AUCACAGAAAAGAGGCCUUAUUUUAUUAUAACAAAAAAUAAACAAGCUACUGACACAAACAUUGGACAAUGUUCCCUCCUUUGAUCACGUUUCCUUCACUGACUUAAAGCAACAUAGCGAUGACAUUUAAUUGUACGGUCGAUCUUUGACUCACAUCAGCGCUGUCUGUUCAAGACAGAGGAGGUUUACACUCACAUCAGUGCUGUCUGUUCAAGACAGAGUAAGUUUAUUUAUGGCCUGUGGGACAGUAUUUUAUGCAGCACAACAUGCCUUUUUUGGGGGGUAAACACGUAAAGCAUCAAAUGCACUUUUAUCACCAGUUCCCAAAAGCAUGUAACCCACACUGUAAUCAGCCAGUGACCAUUGCUGGGUUUACCCCACCUCUGUUGCUCUCUCUCUCAGCUGGGAUAGGCUCCAGUUAGCCCAUGACUCUAGUGAGGGUGUGUGGCAUAGAAAAUGGAAGGAGGUGUAACCCACACAUUAUAAAUAUGUGUCAUAAUCUGCUUUGUGUUUAACAUCAAUUUAGUGUGAUGUUCAGAGGACUUAAAUGGGCCUUGAUAGUCUCAAAGUCCAAAUAUCUGUUUGAAUGGAUCACAACCAUCGCAGCAGUUCAAAUUUUCAUGUCAUUAUUUUCUUUCAUAAUAACUCAUUUGGCAGUUGAUAAUUGCACAAAGAGAAAGUAUGGCCCGUUUCCUUUGCUCAGGUUGAGGCACAUUGACAACUUUUGCUUUUCAAGUCAAAAAUGUAUUUCAAGUACGUGCUGCAUUUUGAAUGAUAAUUGAAUGACAUUUCAUCAGUGCAAUUCCGAAAACGAUAAUAGAUUGUGACCUUGGCUGUACAGGACCAGAUAUCUGUAGCAAUAACACACAAAACUCGGUUUUCAGUCUUGAGCAGAAAGGGAAAAACAACCAAAGUGUAUCCGUAGAGCUGUGCUGUAGAUUCAACGUUUUCAUUUGCCUUCCCUUUCUUGAGAGGGUUCUAAUGUUUCUCUUUCAGCAUUUCUCACCUGACUCUUGGUGGGAUUUCAGCUUUAAUUUUUGGAAUGCGUUUACGCCUGACCUUCUCAUGGGUGCCAUUAUUCUAAUGUUUGCAUAUUUAUACACUUUGUAUAAUGUGGCAUAUACAGUUUGGUGCGCUCGGAUGGCACUCAUUUUCUUCCAAUUUGAAGCUCCUGCUCGGUUCCGAGGCAGAAGUAAAGUGUGUGGAAGACGGAAAUGUGUUUUUCCUUGCCUUGUCCAAACUAAAACCAACUGAACCAACUGGAACUGUGACCUGUGGUUUGCUGAGAAAAAGGCUGCUGAUCUUACUAAUCGGUGUAAAAGUGAAAUUCAAUGCAACGUAACGGCAGUCUGGUAGAAAUAUCGAAGGUUUGCUGACAUGCCUUGACUUCUCUUCCUUUCCUAAUACGCGUACUGUAGGUGUAUUCAGAUGUAAAUCACAAGUUACAAGUUGUUGUUUUUACAGAAAUUCUGUAUUUUUUCCCCCUCACUUUAUAACAUUGUCUUAUAACAACCAAGGCACAAGAAUAAAAACAAAGUUGUUGACACUGGCUAUGUUUUUUUUUUUGUCUCAGUCGUAGAAACGAAUUACAUUUGACAUCAUGUGGACGAUUGCAAGCUUGCCUCUGCCCGGAAUAUUGAAUCGUAUACUAGGGGGAAUUAGGGCACCAUUGGUCUCGAUAAAGUAGCUACAUGCUAAGUGAGAUCCUAAAUUAGAGAAAAGAUGACUCGAGGCCUUCCAUGAAAUGGGUUUCAGAUAUUGACAAUGCUUUUACUUUUACUAAUAAUGUAUUACAUAAUAAACAAUUUGUUGUAUAUGUUCAUAUACAGUGUUAAUGCGCUGUCUACUUUGUGUUCUCCCAGCAUAUUAGCUUGUCGACGCUCCUUUCUGGUGUUUGCUAGCUAAACUUUGACUAGGUUGCCGCGCGGUUUCCAUGGCAACCCACCGUGUACUCGCGACCCACCGCAGCCGCUGAAAAGAUAUUGUGCUUCUUCUCCAACGUAAGAUUCAGCCGACAAGCUUUCUCUCCGUUUGUCUAACUUUUGUCGAGCUCCGGAAAGAGUAAGCUCAAGUUAUUCAGUCUGCGUGUGGAGUGCCUGUGGCGUGACUUGUAGCCUAUAGCAGCUCUUGAAGCCACACCGCUUUGGUUUCCACGGCAUCCAAGCAACAUCGUGACCCAGCAGCCUUACUGGUGUUCCAUUUGUAUACCCAGUACAACAUGGAGCAACUCAGCCAUUACACAGGGGACGAGAAUGAAUUUCACUCAGACCAACACGACAGCAGCAGCGGGUUUGAACCAGCUCGACCUCCUCUCAGUGCGGACCCCUGUGACUUUCUGCUGGAUGCCAUUGACGCUCAGCUGGGGAAUCUGCAAGUCAAGAAUCGGCAACUUGACCGCAUCGAUUCAGCCCCAUUUAGGUUGAGUCAGUCUCCCAGCAAAGAUACCGGUCUUGGCAGCACAGUAUCCCAGACAAAUGACACCCCCAUGUCUUGUCUGGAUCUGCAAGUCACUCCAGCAGUUGAACAAACAGCAGACAGCACAAGCUCCGUGGCUCCCGCAACACAUGAGGUGGCCACGUGGGAACUCGACGUACGGACAAGCAGCAAAGUGCAGAUGGAGAGUCACAAGGAACAGGUCAUGUGGAGACUAGAGAGACUUCUUGGAGACACCUGUAAGCAAGGGACAAUGUCAAGUGACCCUCAUCCGCCUUCAGAAAGUAUUUGCACUGAAGACUUUGUGAGGUGCUUUCGAGAGGAGAUGGUUGAACUGGCAUUGCCAGAGGGGAGCCUUGAAGAGCUCGACAAACAGGAGGAGGUUGAAAGGACUUUGAUGACAUCUGGCGGAGACCCUUCCCUGAGUCGCCAAAACAUUCAAAAUGGUGUCAGAAGUGAAGCAGCUACAAAUGUGAAAAGUAGUAAACACGAGCCAGAACAAAGUGAGGAACUUGAAAGAUGUCCUUCUGAAACAUCUGGAGUUCAGACUUCACAUGUUGUCUUCUACAGCACAGAGGUGGAAAAAGAACAUCAGAACCCAAAGCACAUUUUUUCUCCAAAGGCCAGGUGCCUAGCAGGAAUACCUGUGUGGAAUUUUGACACGGUGUCCGUGGACAGUGACCUUGAUUCGGUCUGUACAGAUCAGGUCAGGCAGCACCUAUGCAGACGGGCUGUUCAAAAACCCACAGGAGCUGUGCAAAACAAAAGUACUCGCUGUAAAGCACGGCAAAAGUGCAGGCCGAUGAAAUCUUUGGAGGAUGAUGACAAGGACACCGAUGAGGAAUCAAAUGCACACUGGAGCAGGCGGUCCAAGCUUGAGAAGGCGUCAGAGAAGAUGCACUCAGCUUGGGAGAAGAUGAGCGAGCGCCUCUCCUCUCUCAGACAAAGAUGUGAGAAAGUGGAGGAGACUCUUCGCAUGAAAAAGUCUCAUUUAACCGAGGUGGAGCUCUCCCUUUCUGAGCUGCAAUUGAGAAGAAAGCGUGCCUUUCAUGAUCUAGAGCGACUCAGUGCAGAGACCGGGCACCUAGAGACAGAGAAGAGGCAAUUAGAGGUUGUGCUAAAGGAUUGUAAGGCAGAGAUAAACUCAUUAAGUUGCCAGCUGCAGAAACUUCAGAGGCAAAAAGAGUCCCACCUCCGCGAAGUCCGAAAUUUGCAAGAAGAGCUAAAGAAGAGAGAACAACUCAAGCAGCUGUCCUGCGUGGAGACCAACAGAGCGACGUCGGAGCUGGAGAGACAGUUGGGUUGUGCCAAAGCUGAACUAUUCUCUGAGCGACGGCGGGCAAGAGAGAAUCAGGAAUCCAUGCAACAAAUGCUGGAGGAAACUUGCGAGGAACUCCUGAGGGCCUCUGAGGCAGAGACUUCCCUGAGGAAUAGAUGCUCUUCUCUAGAAGAGACGCAGAAGCAGAAAAAGGAGGAGAUAGAGAAUCUAGAGUGUCAGGCACAGGAGCUACAAGGAAAGCUUGGAAUAUGCACAGCCAAGGUGGACACCCUGGAAAAACUGUUGGGCCAGAAGGAGCAACAACUGCAAGAUCUACAGGAGCAGCAGGGAGGCUUGCAAACAGAAAGAGAGCGACUGAAGGGAGAGCUGGAGUUCCUAAAAAGUCAACAGCAGAGUGCUCUUCAAGAAGCCAGAGGACACGCCCAUACCAUGAUGGAGGCGGCGCUGAAGCAGCAGAGGAAAGAUUUAGUCUCGAUUCAUGAGCAGCAAAUACAAGAGCUCAAGAAAGAUGAAGCAAAGGCACUGAAGAAUUCACUGGAGCACCAGAAGGAGGAGUCGAGGAAACGUGAAGAAGAGCUGCGGGCGCAAACAUUACAGACGGUGCACAAAGCCAUAGAUGAGGAGAGGAGGAAGUGGGAGGCGGACAAAAUUGCAGCCGUACACUUCCACCGUGGUUUACUGGAAGAGCAGAACAGGAGGAACCUGGAAACGGCUCGGAGCGAGCUACAUCGAGAGAAAGCCAAUGCGCUUACGCUUCAGCGUCGAGUGGCGGAGCUGCAAAGCCGCGUGCAGGAGCUGGAGGCCGAGCGCUGCGUGCAGCAGCGAGAGCAGGAGUCUCUGCUCUCGGCCAUUUGCAAGUCACUAAAGCAGGAGCGGCAGGACGAGCUGGACAAAUUGCAGAAACACAUGUUGCAGGAAAGUGGCAAGACCGAGCUGAAGCUUGAGCAGGCUGUGCGGAAGGCCGAGGCAGAAACGGAGAGGAUUGGCAGGAUGCUUGAAGAGCAGCGGAUCAGCCAUCUUGACGCUCGAGCUGAGCAGGAGCAGCAGCUCGGGGUCUGGGCUCAGGAGCUGGUGGCCCAGUGCGAGUUUCUACACCUCUUGAUCGAGAAAAAUGGAGGCCAACAAAAUACGGUGGAGCUCCCUCGCAGCUCUACCAUCGAUGAGGCUCUUGCGCAACUGAAAGCUCAACAAGAGUCCUUGAAACAUCUGACUGAGUACCUUCAUCAAGAGUUAGAUUCUCAAAGGCAAGCAAGUGAACAACUGCUCAAAGACAAGGAGCAGGCGUUGAGGAUUCAGAGGGAACAGAUGAGAAUAGAACAAAAUCAAGCCUUGGAUUCUCUGAAGAAACGUCUCAUUCAGGAUCACGUUGAGGAGCUGAGUAGUUUGAAAUGGGCUCAUUCGAGUGACGCCGGACUGGAAGCCUCACUUCGCAAGCAGCUGGAUGCCAAAGACAUGGAGCUGAGGCAAGUCCAAAGGAACAUGACUCAGUGGAAGGAACAGACCACCGCUCGACUGGCCUGCAAGUUUGAGGAAGAGUUGACAGCUGAACUGGAAAGGUGCAGAUCAAAGUUAUUAAGGGGCAGAAAGACGUCCAUGAAUGAAGAGGAAAAGCUGAGGACGGAGGGUCAGAGAAAGCUUAGUGCAAAGGCUGCCUCCCUCCAGACCUCCUCGGACGUGGCCUCAUUAAAACUUGUGCAUUACUUGCAGAGCAGAGUCAAGCAACUCCGUGUCGAGAACCAGACGUGGGUGCCAACAGGACCAAACCUUCCUCCACACAACCAUCAAGAGAGUAGGAAGGCUUGAGUCCCCCAUUCAUGAGGUUCAACCGCAAGAUAAGAAACGUCACAUGCUUACCAGUAUUACUGUCUUUAAAAGUGUUUCUUUUUCAUUUUCAUUCAACGAUGAAUCAUUCAUUCACUGUUGCCUGUACUUAAGAUAGCAGGUCACAGUGACCAAUGACACAAGCAAAGUUUUAGUCAUCUUUUGAACUUUCCUCUGUGUCAAGGUUUUAUGGUUCAACGUGCAAGAGUUUUACAGAUUUAACAUGAAAACUCUCAUAAAACUCUUCUUUGUGGGAUUCCCUUAUAUGCUCAUAAAUGUUACGUAAUGUUAAGAUGGUCCAUGCAAAGGCCAAAUGGUACAAAGGCACAAUAUGUAACUUACAUACAGCUUUCGUAAGAAACAUUUCAUCAAGGAAAUGAACUCGCUUUAUUGUUGUAUAUAUGUUCGUUGCUCCAUGUACAGCACUUUGUAUGCAGCGAUGGCUGUUUGAAAGUGCUCUAUAAAUACAGUUGAGUAGUUUAACACCAGAAUCGGGAUUGGUGUCCGUCAGAGUGCCAAAGGAUGCUCAGUUUUUCAUACAUACUGUUGUAUAGCACAUUUUUGAUAAAGGA